CAGAGGAGCCGACAUGCCGCCGCUCUGCCGCGCCGCCGACACGCUGCUGGUCCUGUGCAGUGCAUUGUGGGUAAUCUCCGGCCAGCCGGUCUGUGACUCCACGCUGGUUUUCUCCGCUGACGUUUCUCCGUCUGAAGGAAACGGGAACGUCCAUCAGCGCUCGCUGUCGCCGUGGAGCUGGAGGUCCAGCACGGUGAAGAACCGGAUCCCGUCCACCAUCUGGGAGGCCAGCUGCAGCACCAAGUUCUGCUCCGGACCCAAACCGGGUCAGGAGGGAGAACACGACUGGAACUCCGUCCCGAUCCACCAGAACAUUCUGGUUCUGACCCGGAUGGAGCACAGCAGCUGCUACAAUGCCUCCUACCUCUCAGUGGCAGUGGGCUGCACCUGCGUUCGGGCCAGCACCGAGCAGAACUAGAGACCAGAACCACAACUGGAC